CCCGCUCUGCAGACACGUCUUUAUCCGUGGGCCGCGUGAGCGCGGGCUCGCUGAGGCUGGUGUGGGGAGAAGCCCUUUGGGUGGCCCCCCCUUGACACGUGUACACAAAGAAAUAUUGCCAUCUGAGACUUCAGGCCCCAGAGAAAUUGCAGACGGCCAGAAGGGGGCGAUGGCUGUGGCCCUGGGUUGUGCAAUCCAGGCUUCCUUGAAUCAGGGCUCUGUGUUUCAAGACUAUGACACGGACUGUGAAGUCUUCCGCCAGCGGUUCAGGCAGUUCCAGUACAAAGAAGCAGCUGGGCCUCACGAAGCCUUCAACAAACUCUGGGACCUCUGCUGUCAGUGGCUGAAGCCGAAGACACGUUCUAAGGAAGAAAUGCUGGAGCUGCUGGUGUUGGAGCAGUUCCUAACCAUUCUGCCCACGGAGAUAGAGACCUGGGUGAGGGAACAUUGCCCAGAAAAUAGAGAAAGAGUUGUGUCGCUGAUAGAAGACUUACAGAGAGAACUUGAGAUACCAGAGCAGCAGAUCGACAGGCAGGAAAUGCUCCUGGAAGAACUGGCACCAGUGGGAACGGCACACAUGCCACCAGACAUCCACCUGGAGGCACCCCCACUGCAAGGAAUGGGACCCGCCCCCGAGGGCCCAGUGGCAGAGCCUUGGAUCGCACAGGCAGGGCUGCAGGAGCUGAGCUACGGAGCUGCUGAGGAGUGCCCGCCCUUCCUGGACCCAGGAUAUCCAAUACCAAAGCUUGACGUGAACUUUUCAUUGGAGCCUAGAGAAGAGGCAUGGGUGAAGGAACUACAGGAUUCCAAAGAAAUGAAACAGUUACUUGAUUCCAAGCUAGGUUUUGAGAUUGGGAUAGAAAAUGAAGACGAUUCUUCAAAACAGAAGAAGCUGGAAAAUAUGUAUCCCUUUAUUGUUACUUUAGAGGGGAACACUCUCCAUGGUCCCAUUUUGCAGAAAGACUAUAUACAGUUGGAAAAUCAGUGGGAAAGUCCCCCAGAGGAUUUACAGACAGAUUUAACAAAACUGGUAGACCACCAGAGCCCCUCUGCAGGAGAGAAACCUGAGAAUUCCACCUUAGAAGAAGCUCUCGACCCCAGACCCCAGAAGAAAAAGAGUCCAGGGGACAAACCUCACCGAUGUUCUCAGUGUGGAAAGUGUUUUGCACGGAAGUCGCAACUUACAGGGCACCAGAGGAUUCACUCAGGAGAGGAACCUCACAAGUGCCCUGAGUGUGGGAAAAGAUUCCUUCGUAGUUCAGACCUUUACAGACACCAGCGACUUCAUACCGGGGAGAGGCCCUAUGAAUGCACGGUGUGUAAAAAGCGAUUCACUCGGCGGUCACACCUUAUAGGGCACCAGAGAACCCAUUCUGAAGAAGAAACGUACAAGUGUCUCGAGUGUGGGAAAAGCUUUUGUCACGGAUCGAGUCUCAAAAGACAUCUGAAAACUCAUUCGGGUGAAAAACCCCACAGAUGUCACAGCUGUGGGAAGAGUUUUAGUAGACUGACGGCCCUUACUUUGCAUCAGAGAACUCACACAGAAGAGAGACCUUUUAAAUGUAAUUACUGUGGGAAAAGCUUUAGACAGAGACCAAGCCUUGUCAUACACUUGAGAAUUCACACAGGGGAGAAGCCUUACAAGUGUAGUCACUGUGCUAAGAGCUUCAGGCAGAGGGCGGGCCUUAUCAUGCACCAGGUCACUCACUUCCGAGGACUUCUUUAACAGUUGUGGGAGCCAACACGUUCCUAACAGACACUGACACUAACUAAAAAAAAAAAAAAUUAACCUCCAGCAGCCUGUUUGUCUUGGAAGAAUCUUUCUGUUUGAGCUUAGGAGAACAGGUUUUAAAAACUAUUUUUUAAAAACCCUUCUUCCAAAGUCUAUGCGUUCUAGAGUAUCCACAUACUCUCGCAACAUUCCCAGAUUGGGUUUAUGCUGUCUCUCUGACAUUUUUUGUUAUUGUUGUUUUUACAAUGCAAAUGUUUUGUGUCCCAAGCCAACUCCAUCCUAGAUAGAAGCAGAAAGCAUAUGAUCGCUGACAAUCCUUUUCAGAGUAGGGUCAAUAGAGUGGAUGAUUGUGUCUAGCAAUAUAAUGACUAACCCAGCACCGUGAAUAUUUUGCUGUCAUUAUUAAAUGGGAUUAAGUUAGUUCAAAGCUUUAUAUGCGCCCUGAUGGCAAGAAGAGAGACAAUAUAUUUUUGCCAAAUAAUAAGAAUGUGUAGAGAACACAUUUGCCUGGCCAGAACUGGGUUAUUUCCAUGGAAAUUGUUUAUGUUUAAGGAAAUCACGAUUUUAACCUUUCUGAUUUUUGCUCAGUUCGCCAGUCUGUUUCGUUGGCAGCCUGGGGUGAUGCCGCUUCGAGCUGAGUAUUAAUUUGAUGAUUUAUUUUGUUCAUGGACUAACAAAGCUCCUUGUGGAAGAAUCCAUGGGACAGUUGAUGUCAUACAAGUAGUAUGUAAUUUAAUGUAGAUGGAUGGAGAAACCUGUUUUUGUGGCUUUUUACUCUCCUUUGGUACUCACCAGUGUGUCUCUCACUGGUGAGAGAUUUUGCCCAUGCUUUCAUUCAGUGUCCCCCUAACUGUGGGUCAGAGCUAUUUUACAAACAAGUUCGGGGAUCCCUGCUGUCUCCACUUUCUAGAUACACAAUGCACAUCAGGAGGUCCUCCAGUAAAGGCGGGAAAAGCACCUCUUUUGGCUCAAUGUUUUGCAAACCUAUUUGCCCCCAGAACCCUUUUUCUUGUAUACCCAGUAAUAACCCACAGAACUAGUUUUCUGCAAAUAUUCCUUGGAACACACCGCCUCUAACAACUUCUAUAGCUAUCAGUUUAGUCUCGUUGCUCCCAACCCUAGUUAUCCCCGGUUGUUUCAAGGGUGUUAUGAAAAAUUCUUUACGUAUAUGUAUUUUUUAUGUAACACACACAUCAUUUUAAGGAGGUGAGGGUCAGUAAUUGAGGUAAUUUAUAAGUCGCUCAAUGAUUCUCAACCUCUUUGAAUUUUACUUAUAAUCACACACACAUAUUGCUACUUAUGUAAACGUUCUCGUAUAGUUGUGGUAAGGACUCAGAUUCCUGUGGCAAGAGAAGAACUCUCUUUGUCAGUUAUAACUGUUAGUACAUGAAAAUGUUUGUUCAGCCUAGUUCUUUGUUAUAAAACCCAAGAAGCAGGACAUUCAAGUGUUGUCCCUUUAUGAAGAUACCAGUCAUUCUUUCCAGCACUAGGGAAAGUGUAUUUUGUUCUAUUCCAUUGAAGUUCUCGGAAGUGAUAUUGAAUAUAAGUAUUUUGGGGGCAAGCGCUAUGUGCCUAACUGGUCCUGUUCUAGGCUUAAUGGAAACUAGUGAAGACGUUAAUCCGGGAGUCCAGUUCAUAAGGAGUUUAUAGUAUUGUUAGUUAAACAGGAGUUGGGAAACAAAUGGAGAACAAUGCAAGAGAGCCUGUAAUUAAGUGCCAAAGCACAACGAGUGCUCUAGCCAGGACGUAACUUUUAAUUCUUGUCAUCCGGGUCCCUGUAUGAUGCUGCUAUAAGCGUGGGGUAAAAAUUGACAUCCCAGUAGCAAUAAACAUGUAAUACGGGAGGAGUCUGAAUGUAGAGAUGAAAACUAUGGAAUGUAAUGGCUUCUCUUUUCUCUCUUGUGGACUUGCAUUCAAACCAGAAUAGUGCCUUAGAAUGGAUGUGCCCAACUGCUCUGUAUCUAUGCAAUAUUUCAAUAAAGUGGAAAUGUGUAUGCUC